UGGAUUGGGCAAUUGUAUAAGAUAGAUUGAAAUUAAAAGUUUUUGAAAUCCAACAAACCCGGGCGAAACCCAUAUCCAGAUCCACUUCUGUUCCCAAAUGAAAGAGUUGAACUCUGCAUAAAUACAAACCCCAAACGCCCCAAACCCUAGAAAGCGAAGCUUGUCAUACCCUUGGCGAUGGCGAUUCCAACAACUGAUACUGAUGAUUUCUCGUCUUCCGCAACUUUAAUUUCUUUCCAUCGUCCACUUCCUUUGCUAAGAGGACCCAUACCAGCUGGUUUAUCAGACGACCCAUCGAAAGGGCCUUUCGUUCUGGCUUUCAGAGACCCAUCAAGCUGGAAGUCUGCUUUUCAAGUUUGUGAAUCUAAAGUCAUUGAGCAGUGCGAGGCUGGAGCACGGAUUGGGUGUUCUAUUAGUGCUUCUAACAAGUGCAAACCACCAUGGUGGAGAUUCUUGUUUGGAGGUGCUACUGUUGAUGUCGCUGCACGGGAGCAGUGUGAAGAGCUUGAGAUGGCAUCCUGUCUUGCUGUUUCUAAAGAAUCCUGUCUCAAGUUAGGAAAGGAGAAGUGCUUACCUCCUUUUCGGGAUGCACGAAUAGCAUUGAUUGAUUGUAAAGGAGUUUCAAAGUUUAUUUUCUGGGCAUCCCCAAUAACAAGAAGAAGCAUGUGGUCCAAGUCAAUGGGGUCAAGCCAGCCAGAUUCCUGCCUUUCACUGCAUUGUGACCUUCAAGUGACUAACUAUAGAGGAAGUGUUCUAUUAGAAUCUAAGACCAGCAGCGAAGAAUCUCCAGGUACAAGCAGCCUCAAGCAGGAAAGCUUGCACUAAUGGACAUAAGUUUUGAAUUAAGGAGUUAUAGAAGGGAAGCUCAAGUCCAAGGUUUUUUGACCAUGAUAUAUUCAGGACACUAGAUUCUGAUUGCCUGGUAAUUUGCUUCAUAUUAUAUGCUUGAACCAAAGAGGGAAGCUCUUUUACUGCUCGCCACUUGGUUGAAGGACAUUGCAUGUGGCCAUUCCACUCAGGUCCCUUAGGAAGGAGUGGUGAUGUUUGAAGCUCAUUCAGUAUUGAAAGUAACAGAAUGGAGUUGUGUUUGAAGCAGGCGGCUGCAUCAUCUCAAGCCCCCUACAUUCAUUCGAUCUGUCACCUUAACAAGAGAAUUCAAUGCCCCCAUCUCCUGCAUCUUCACCAGCACAUAGAUAUCUACUUUUAAAUUAAAAUUUGGUUAUGGCUGAAGAGAAGCAAUCAGAUUCAGACUGUUCCUGAUUCAUACCUUCAUGAUGGAGUGAGAAAAUUUCUGGUAGCUGGUGCAAGGUUCUGUCUGCAUUUUGGUUGCUGAGCUCGUCUGGCUUAGAUUUUGUGCCAUUGUAAUUGGAUCAAAGGGUAAAUCACUUCAGCAGCAGCUGAAUUCAUCAAUUUGGUUCAUCGAGUCUAUUCUACCAAAGGACCAAAUGUUUUGCACUUACCUUUUUUGAGUGCUGCAUUUGCCAUAUGUAUAGGUAAUAUAAACAUAUAGAGGGAAAUUAAUGAGUUCUCUUUCUCA